AUGAAUUUUUCAUGCACUGAAGCUUGUGUCAGCAAGAUGAAGACUACAGCGCUUUGUGUUUUUGCACUGUUCCUUUCUUCGAUGUUAGUUGAGGGCGGCAUGGUUAAUUAUAAAUGCCUUCAGUCUGGUAAUUGCAAGGGAGCAAAAGGAAGGACUCCGAAAAAGUUUAGAGAUAAAGAAGAGGCUGGAAAUUUGGAAAUGAUGAAGAUGAACAUCCGUAGACGCUUGGAGGAGGCAAAACGUGAGCAACAGUACCGGAGAGAAAUUUGCUUACAAGCCCGCGAGCUGAGAUGUGGAAUGGAACAAAAGAAAUAGGUUCACUGCAGUCAAGACCACACAGCUACCUGAAGUUAAAGCAUAAUUUCAUUCCUAAAUGACGAAAUUCAGAUGCGGAGGUUUGAGCCGCUAUCAUCAAUAUUAUAUUCUGUGAAAAUUUAUAAAUUGUUUGAAUUUAAU